AUGGCGAAUACGGAGGAAGCUGUGAAGGUUCCGGGGCUCAAUCACGUCCCCGAGGAAUGGGUGGAGGAGUUGUCGAGAGCGGCGCAAUGGGCGGCCGCUGGCGUCAGCGGACCCGAGGAAUCAGGGGCCGUGCGAUACGGCGUCCUUCAAGGAGACCCUGCCUCGCGGUGGCUGACCGCCGUCUCUUCGGUGUUGUGGGAGGGCAUCACGACGCUGCAGCCAGGCACGUCGAUGACCUACAUCACCUACGAGAAGUAUGCCACCUGGCUUGGCAACAUGAACCGGCAGCCAACGGCCAGAACGACCGGCGGUGCCGAUGCAAGACUCGAGCUCAAGUUUGAGUCGUUUCAAAGCGUGCAUCUUCGCCUUCAAAGCCAGGGCGAAGGUUCCGUAGAGGGCGGCGGCUCCAGACAGGUUGUGUUUGUGCUGGAAGUUGAUUCCACGUACUCUGCUGGCUUCGCCGUCGCCCUUCUAACUAUUGCUACGUGGAGCCGCUGGGCUACCACCAGGGCAUCAGCACCGAAAAGGGUUGUGGUGCUCCUUGUGUCUGUCGGUGAUCUCCACAAGACUAUUCGCAAUGUUCUUGACGACGCUUGCCAGGGCAGUGUCCAAGAAUUUGUCCUUCCCGCCCUAAGCGAGGGGAUGGACCGACUGAACUUUGUUCAGCUCGAUUGGCCUGAGGUGAGCGAGCUCUUCGGCCGGGUUGCCGAGACGGCAUCCGACACAGAGAGGCAUUGCAUCAUUCUCUUUGAAGGCGCGGCAGAUGUUGUGGACGUUGGCAAUUUGGGGUGCAUCCCAAGUCACGCCUUCAAGUGGUGGGACAAUGCCAUGACAGCAGAUCUGUUUGUGUGCGGUGGUAGGCCAAUCGUCGUCCUACAGGUCCCUCUGGGCUUCCAUGCACCGUAUCUCGUGGAGGGGUUCACGCACCUGCACCUCGUGACCGACACGCAGCGUGCAUUUACCAAAGUCCGUGAUGUUCAGACGGACCAAAUCGUAUCGCUGCUUCUCGAGGCCUGCGUUGACGAGCUGAAGGAGCAGUUGUCCUGGGCGUUCAAGGUCGACUGCCCACGAGAGAAUGUCACGGUAUAUCAGAACCCCGGUGAGUCCUUGUUGGAUCCGGAACGCAGGUGCCAUUUCAAUGGCUGGCAGAUGGAGGGCAUGCUCGUGGAGUUGUCCUACCUUGAGACAUGGCUCGGGGGCGUUGGGAGCAGGGCGUUUCUCCCCCUGGUACAUCCCUGUCUCACGGAGGCCAAGGACAGCAUGGUGCGCAUGGCCAAUGCAGGCCUUGUUCAAGCGAAUCUUGAUGAAAUGCGCGUGACCGCUUGUCUGGAAGAGCCGCUUGGUCGAGCCUUCCACGGCCUCCUCAGGCUGUUUGACUACGAUCCUCGCCUGGCGAUGUUCGUAGCCCUGCCAUGCGAGAACAUGGCCGUCCAGGCGAUAAAGAUCCAAUUCGCCGCCCUUCAAAUGGUGGGCGUGGAUCAAGUCUUUCCGACUCUGAGGUUCGGCAAUCGUUGUGACGACGAGCGCCAAUUUGACAUCUUCGCUGGAUGCAUCGGGUUAACGAGAGGCAUCGCGAUGACAGGCACCAUCUGGGCUCUCUUGGGCUUCUGGAAAAGAGCCAUUAGAGACAGCGUGCAGUUCCACGGCGUCGAGAACAAGCUUUACAAGCUCAUUCCUGGCAGGGUGUCAAUAGAGCCCCUGUCGGCGAAGCAAGUUCUGCGAUGCGCCACGGAAAUCUGGAAGGUCCUCCAGACGCAAUCCGCCCACGAGAUUGGAUACCCCGUCCGUACGGACGAGUCCAACUACAUAGCCCACCGGGAGAUGGACGAACUGCGCGAGCAGCUUCUUCGUUGCUAUCAUUCCCAGGUAGCUGUAGCGACCGUGCCGAACGAGUACGGCAGUGGCGCCGAGGACCAGGCCGAAGCCCAAUACCAGGACCUGGCCACACAGUCUCCCUUCGUCAUGGAAGGUGGCCUGAACGGCUUGAUAAACUUUCCGGCGAUCACGCAAAGUGGCCCGAAUGAAGGGACGCCGUUUGGCGUCUACACGGGGUUGGCACGUACGGACACGUACGAACGUACCUUCCUGAGGGACUGGAUCUGGAUCCCGCAAGGGACGUGGAAUGCUUGGACCCCUCCCCAACUGCCGCCAGGAGAAUCGAGCAAGGAAGAUGACGGGUUGCCCGACCAGGGCUCAGAACCCACCGCUCCCACUGGGGACAAUCCUGGCGAUACUUGA